UGCCUUCCUUGUUCAUGAUACGGUAUAAGCCUCCCGCGUGUCAGCAUUGGCACAUUGACACAUUGACGUGAAAUAGAAAACGCCUUGCCAAUCCAAGUAUAUGGCGUGUUGCAAAAAGAACACCAGCUCGGCCACCCGAGCUGUUGCCGCGCCGCCCAGUAAAAGCACCAUGCGAACCGGCCGUCCGAGUCUGUCCCGUUCUACCACCGUCGCCAUGCAAUGCAUGCAAGAUGAAAAUUUGUUUCCCGAGCCCGUAGGCUCAUACAGAAAAGACCCGUUAAACACCUCGCUUUUGAUGAGGCAUUUGAGAAUGCCGUAAAAAAAAGAAAACCGAAAAAGAAAACACACCAAAACCGCCAAACUCCAGAUUGUGCACAACGCAAUCAA